AUGCAGAUAUUUGUCAAGACACUUACUGGAAAAACCAUUACUCUCGACGUUGAGUCCACUGACUCGAUCGACAACGUCAAAGCCAAGAUACAGGACAAAGAAGGGAUCCCUCCUGACCAACAGAGGCUCAUCUUUGCUGGGAAACAGCUUGAGGAUGGAAGAACUCUAUCUGACUACAACAUCCAGAAGGAAUCAACUCUGCACUUGGUUUUGAGGCUACGUGGAGGAAUGCAAAUAUUCGUAAAGACACUCACUGGAAAAACCAUUACUCUCGACGUUGAGGCCACUGACUCGAUCGACAACGUCAAAGCCAAGAUACAGGACAAAGAAGGGAUCCCUCCUGACCAACAGAGGCUCAUCUUUGCUGGGAAACAGCUUGAGGAUGGAAGAACUCUAUCUGACUACAACAUCCAGAAGGAGUCAACUCUCCACUUGGUAUUGAGGCUACGGGGAGGAAUGCAAAUAUUCGUAAAGACUCUCACUGGCAAGACAAUCACCCUCGAAGUAGAAUCCACUGACUCGAUCGACAACGUUAAAGCCAAGAUACAGGAUAAAGAAGGGAUUCCUCCAGAUCAACAGAGGCUUAUUUUUGCUGGGAAACAGCUGGAAGAUGGGCGGACUUUAUCUGACUACAACAUUCAGAAGGAGUCUACCCUUCAUCUGGUUUUGAGACUCCGUGGGGGUUCUCAAUAGUUAUAUCUCUAACCUUCUUUCCUGGUUUCUUUACUAAUACAUGGUU